UCCUGCGGAGGGAGGGAGAGGAGGAUGGUGAUGAUGAUGAGGAUAAGGUCUCAGCAGCAGCUCUGCUCUCUUCAUGUUAUCUCACCUCCCCUCUGAAGCUGUGGAGCUUUUGAUCCUGUUUGCUUAAGCCGCAGCUGCUGUUUGUCUCUGUGUGUUUUUCUACAUUUACUACAAUCUUAUACCUGGUUGCUGCAACAUCUCCCACCAUCAGACCGCAGCCAUGUCGGACUCAGAGGACAUGGCGGAGUUCGCCAGCAUCGUGGAGCGGAUCGAGCGGGGCGAGGUCCCGAUCAAGAACAUCGAGAGGGAGCUGAUCUGCCCCAUCUGUAAGGAGCUCUUCACCCACCCGCUGAUCCUGCCCUGUCAGCACAGCGUCUGCCACAAGUGUGUCAGAGAGCUUCUCAUGCUCAACCAUGAGGACUCUUUUGAUGCCGGGUCCGAGUGCUCAAUGCCGGGCAGCCCAAGGUCCAGGGUGCCCUCCCCGUCCAUGGAGAGGCUAGACAGGCUUGUGAGAUCAGGUGGGUCUCGGGCCACAGUGCGAAGGUCGUUGGGAAGUCGAGGUAGACGAGGGAUCCGUUUUUUGAAUAGCUGUAGUAGUCCUCGGAAACGAAGUGGAAAUACUGGCUUACAAACUGAGAUAAAUCCAGCACUCCUUUCUUCCCCUCUUUCCCAAAAACGCUCCAUCUCGUCACCGGGGUGGCGCAGAGGGUCUGUGACUCCCCGGGUCACCACCAUCCCAUGCCCAGGCUGCCAGCAUGACAUCGACCUCGGAGAGCGAGGCAUCAGCAUGUUGUUCCGUAACUUCACGCUGGAGAACAUUGUCGAGCGCUACCGCCAGGCCGCCCGUGCAGCCGUCGCCAUCAUGUGUAACAUCUGUAAGCCUCCGCAGCAGGAGGCCACCAAGAGCUGCAUGGACUGCAAGGCCAGCUACUGCAACGAGUGCUUCAAGCUGCACCACCCCUGGGGCACGCCCAAAGCUCAGCAUGAGUAUGUCGGGCCCACCACAAACUUCAGGCCCAAGGUCCUCAUGUGUCCAGAGCAUGAGAUGGAGAAGGUGAACAUGUACUGUGAGGUCUGCAAACGACCAGUGUGUCACCUCUGUAAACUGGGAGGAUCCCACGCCAACCACAAAGUCACCUCCAUGGGCAGUGCCUACAAGAUCCUCAAGGAGAAGCUAGCCAAGAGUAUCCAUUACCUCAUCAGCAAAGAGGACCAGGUCAGGGCUCAGAUUACUGAUCUGGAUCUGCUCAUCAAUCAGACGGAGGACAAUGGACAGCUAGCAGAGCGCCAAGCCAAUGAGCACUUUGAGCGUCUGUUUGAGACUCUGCAGGAGAGGAAGUCUGAGAUGCUGAAGUCCAUCGAGCAGUCUCGAAACCGACGCCUCGACCAACUCAAAGUUCAGGUGGAGGAGUACCAGGGCAUGCUGGAGAACAGCGGUCUAGUGGGCUACGCUCAGGAGGUUCUGAAAGAGACGGAUCACUCCUGCUUUGUACAGACUGCAAAGCAGCUGCACACCAGGAUCCAGAAGGCCACAGAGUCUCUGAGGACUUUCCACCCUGCGUCUGAUCCCUGCUUUGAUGAGUUUGUGCUGGACACAUCCAGAGAGGAAAUGCUUCUCAAAGAGAUGUGCUUUGGAGGAGUUCCAGACCCUCCCCUGAUUGACCUGUCCACUAGCAGGGUCUAUAACGAGGCCUUGAUCUGCUGGAGGCUGUCUGAUGACCACCUCCCCACAGAUCACCACGUGAUGGAGUAUCGCAGACUGGGCGGCCCGAGCCAGUCCCCGUCCCAGGAGGACGGAGAGGACAGUGGGGCCUGGAGGGCUACAGACAGGGUGUAUGGUCCCAACACUGUGGUGUGUGACCUGGAGCCUGACAGCCUGUACUCCUUCAGGGUCAAAAGCUGCAGGAACUCCAUGUUCAGCCCCCACAGCCCUGAGGUCACCUUCCACACCCCCCCUGCGCCUGCUUUCGGUUUCCUGUUCAGCGACAAAUGUGGCUUCAGCACGGAGCGGCUAAUUCUCAACAAGCGCCGGGACACUGUGGAGAGCGUAGCUAGCAUGGCCUUCCUCCUGGCUGCAGAGCGUGUGCAGACGGGCAGCUUCAUCGGACUGGACUACAUCAUUGGGGACAUGGGCAUCUCUCAGGGAAGACACUAUUGGGCCUUCAAGGUGGAGCCGUACUCCUACAUGGUUAAAUUUGGAGUGGCCUCUGACUCAAAGCUUCUCGAAUGGUUUCACAAUCCGAGAGAUACCAGCAGCCCAAGGUAUGACCAUGACAGUGGGCAUGACAGCGGCAGUGAGGACACAUGCUAUGAGCUCUCCCAGCCCUUCACCCUCCUCACCCUGGGCAUGGGCAAACUCUUCAUCCCCAAGACGUCUUCCUCCUCCUCUGUCUCCACAGCACAUGCAGCGUCCAGCGACCCUGGCAACCGCGUGCUCCCCUUGCCACAGCGCAUCGGUGUAUGCCUAGAUUACGACGCGUGCCGGGUGUAUUUUUAUGAUGCCGACACCAUGAGGUGCCUUUAUGAGAGGCAGGUGGAUUGUUCAGGAACAAUGUAUCCUGCUUUCGGCCUCAUGGGCAGCGGCAAGAUUCAACUGGAGGAGUUUAUCACUGCUAAGAGACUGACCUUCUGAGGCGGGAUGGAGCAUGCUCAUGCAUCCGGACCUGCUUCAGUUUAAUGUUGGGCCUGUUCUGGGAAGAGCAGAUUUUAAUUACAGGGUGGUGGAGUACAAUCCAAACGGAUUUUCUCUAGGUCAGAUGAGGCAGAUUUAAUCAGGGCCUUUGGUCCUAAAGUGGUACAUCUGCUGGAGACUGGCCUAUUUAGAGAUGGCAUGUGUAAUGUAGGAUCCAUACACGAGAAUGACGUGAAUACUAGUGUCCACAUACAAAAGUCCUCCGAGGCUGAGAUAUGGUAUAUCAAAGGUCUUCUCUAUAUACCAAAGUCUCUGUAUCUGUUCAUUGUAUUUGCCCUGGUUUUAAUGGCCAGCUAUGAUCAGCUGUUUGUAUAGUGGAAUUGGCUGCAACGUUAUGGUUUUAACAUGAAAUGCCUUUGAGCUUACACUAACACUUCCUCUUUUGCCAGGUAUAUCUUAAUAGAUUGUGUGUAUUAAAUAUUGGGUGAUGUUUCUAUAACUAUUUGUCUCUAUGUAGCAGCAUAGGUGUAGAUGUAAUCUUGAUGGACCUGAAAGCCUAGUAGCUACUUUAAAGCUAGUGCCUUUGUGCCUUUCUUUUUAAGGAAAUGGGUCCUUUUUAGUUUGCUCUAACAAGUUGGUGUUAUUGCACAAGAAUUAUGGAAAUACUUAUCAGCAUAAAUACUUUGAGUUUUACUGUAGGUGGGUUGAUCACAGACACUGGUGUCAAUGUUAUAACAGUUACUAGUAUGCGUUACUUACAUAUUCACUCUUGACAUUAUCACAGAAAACACAAAUGUUCCUCCUCGUCACAGUUAUGUUCAGCUGUUUUUGCACAAUUAUGAAUGAAGCCUUGCACACGAUAAACUUAACAAUCAUCACGCUUUGAUCACUACCUUGUUAGCUUCUUCACUUUAAAUGUUGUAAACAUAAUCAGCACAUUAAUGUCUCACGGGGACUGUCACACUCACAAGAGCAUUCACAUUGUACCAACAUUAAUGUUAAUCCUGGAGUAGUCACUUUUAUUUUAAAGCCUCUCACUGUUUGCAGGCCACUGAAUGUGACUGACACCAUAAAACCUGCCAGGUACCAGAACAUCAUGUACUUGUAUUAGAUGCCCGUUUUAUAGCUGCAUGGUCACUAAUAGCCGAGCAUGUUAGUUCUGGUGCUGCUUCUAAGUGCAACACACCACUCUGUGGCCUAGCAGCCUUAAGACACAGUCUAAAAACACAACAGUUAUUCAGGUUCUUACAAAAAGUGCUAUCGCAAACAUACUUUUCAGGACUUUUUUUUUCUUUUCUAUCAAGAACACCGUUUACCUGCAGUGCAGACGCAUGAAGUGUAGCAUAUUAGUUACUCACUGGUGGGCUUGGCUGUCAGACAGAUCACCUCAGUUUUGAUAGGCUUUGACUAAAUCAGCUCAGAUAAAGUCUAACAGAUCACACCGGACAGACUGUUUGCUGGCAACCACACUUGGAUUUUUGUACAAGUAUACUGUAUAUGUGCCUGCAAAUGGGUUUGUUUGUACAUUCAUAUAUAUUUUAGCUUUCUGGAGGGUAAGGGUAAUCUGUGUUUUCUCAGGUUUCUGGCCCUGAUCGGGGCCCAAUGCUACCUACCUCUGUCAGGCCUGGAAAACCAUAACUACUGUACCUUUCCUCACAGAAAGACAUCUGGUUUCAUUUGCCGCUCUGUCCGUAUCGGUCUGUUCAAUAUCUUUGCCUUUUUCUUUAAUGUGAGAUGGUAAGCUGAUCGGUCAACAUUUUUGAUUUUAUUUCCAUGUAUAUAUUAAUUCAGAAUAUAUUAUUUUCUGUGAAAUAAAACAUCUUAAAUGUUUAUCAGUUUUAUGUUUGUUUAUGGACUUGAAAGAUGUGUGUCACUAUUGGUGGAAGGGAGUGUUUUUCAAAUGGUACUAAUGUAACAACCUUUACCCACCUUUUUGUGUUUAAAUGCUUUGGUUAUAUCUUGUGCAACACGUAACUGUUUUUAGACUUAGAUUACAAACAGUUAAUAAACUCAUACUCUUUCAUGUAGCUGGAUAGAAACUUCUUGCAGUCUCAAUUAUAUAUUGGAUUUCUGACAGUUUGCAUUUUUUGUUUUCCAGUCAAUUAUUUUCACUCUAAUGUUCUAAAGUCUCAUACAUGAGUUGAUCCCUGUAUUUUGAAAUUGACUGUUUUAAGAUCUUCAAAACAUGUCUAUGCAUUUAUGAAUUUGCAGGUUUGCAGUUUCACAGAAUGUAUUUCCUCUUUAUUACAGCACAAAUGGCUGUUCUUUGGAUUUCUUUAUUUGGUUUUGUUUCACUUGUUCGCAGCACAGUUGCAUGUAGUUAUAUAAAUCUGAAAAUCUCAUACAAUGUUACAAUUUAAAAUGCAUCCUAGACUGAUUUCAGUAAUGAAUUUAGAACCAAAAAAUGUUGCAAGCUGGCUAUCAAUCCAUUUCCAAGCUGGCACUUUAAAAUGGCUCUGCUGGUGUGUAAAAUAAGUGUGCAAUAUUAUUAAACGGGCUGUAGGAAACUGUUAGGCCAGAUGUAAGCAAAUCAAGACAAUUUGCACUGCAAUUAGUAGUUUACUUGUGGUUGUGAAGGGGAUUUUCCUUGAUAUAAAGGCUAAAAAAAUACUUGUCUUGUAAAUGUUUUUUUUUUCAGUAACUCUUUUUUUUUUAACUAACUUAGAGACAGUGCAGUUGUCCUUAUCUAUUUUGUCCUCUAGAUUUGGAUGUGGUGUGUAAGUGGUGGGUUUCUGUAUUUGGUAUGUAAAGAUGUUGAAAUAUCUUGUUUUUUGCUCUGAAACCUGGAAACGCUACCAUUUUUAUUUUGCUGUGUGGGGAUUUGAUCAAAUAAAACUAGUGUUUUUAAAUCAA